AUGUCGACCAUUCAUGAUCGCCAAUCAUCAUUCAAUGGUGCCACAAGCGCUCAGCACGUGGAGAACCAUGAUCCCGGCAGUUUACGUGUCCUUGGCUCCGUCGGUGGGCCGAAGCCUGGAACAGGUAUAACGAACAUGUUGGCAAGAAGCAGUGCGCUAUCGUUGACAUGUUCUGGGAAACUGAGACUGGAUCGAUCGUCGUCACCCCACUCGGACUCUGGUGCGAUUGAGACUAGGCCUGGUGCUGCAACUGUUCCCUUCUUCGGUAUUGAGCCUGCUAUUCUGGACCCUGUUAGUGGAAAGGAAUUAGAAGGAAGCAAUGUCGAGGGAGCUCUCGUCAUUAAGCAACCUUGGCCUUAA